AGCUAUGUAGAUCUUUCUAUUAACUCGUCCUUCCCCUCCAAUUUUCUUCUUUCCUCUUUCUCUCUACCCCACUUUCAUAAGAGAGAAACAAAGAAAGAAUCAAGAGAGAGAGAGAGAGAGAGAGAAGAAAUUGGUAUAUGGUACAAACCCAACAUUAACCAUCUCAUCAUCAAUUGGUAUAAAUAGGAGAGAAAGAGCAAGUUUGAUUAUUAUAAUUAUUAUAUCAGUUCUAGUUAUAGUUUCUUGCGAGUUUUAUGGCAAUUCCAGCAUCGGCAAGCUCAAGCAUGAGCCACAACGAUUCCAACACCGUUAACAAGCAUGGUGAUGACCAUGAUGAGCAUGAGCAAGACAUGGUUAUGCCUGGUUUUCGCUUCCAUCCAACCGAAGAAGAACUCGUUGAGUUUUACCUUCGCCGUAAGGUUGAGGGCAAGCGAUUCAACGUUGAACUCAUUACUUUCCUCGAUCUUUAUCGCUAUGACCCUUGGGAACUUCCUGCCAUGGCAGCGAUUGGAGAAAAGGAAUGGUUCUUCUAUGUCCCAAGAGACCGGAAGUACCGCAACGGUGAUAGGCCGAACCGAGUCACAACUUCUGGGUAUUGGAAGGCAACCGGAGCUGAUAGGAUGAUUAGAACAGAGAAUUCAAGGUCCAUUGGACUGAAGAAAACCCUAGUUUUUUACUCCGGAAAAGCUCCGAAAGGCAUCAGAACUAGUUGGAUUAUGAAUGAGUAUCGAUUGCCCCAGCAUGAAACUGAAAGAUAUCAAAAGGCUGAAAUAUCACUUUGCCGGGUUUAUAAGAGACCUGGAGUGGAAGAUCACCCCUCUCUCCCUCGCUCCCUUCCUUCGAGAGCAUCCUCGUCGUCGUCAAGACCGGGGGCGAGUUCAUCUCAGUCGUCCGAAAGAAAGCAGCAUAACACCAUUAACACGGUCAUGGAGAAACUCCAAGCUUUCGGAGGAGUACAAACACAGCAAAUAGAUGUGGAAAAGAUGAGCGAAACCGAUGGGAGUAUCAACUCCGAUGUCACCACAGCUCUCGGGCUCUCCAAGCACAACGCCACCACUGCCACUGCAGCCUACCGAGCUCUUGGAUUACAAGCUGCCGAAAUGGAGGCUGAGGAAGGUAUGCUUUUGCAGCACCAUCAUCACCACCAUAAUCAUCAUCAUCAGCAGUCAUCGAAGCAUCAAAUUUAUCCAUUAGUCCCACUCUUCACGGCGGUUUCUUCUUCGGUUUCAUCAUCAAAUGCCACCAUCGAUGAUCUUCAUAGGCUUGUGAAUUACCAGCAACCAACUAAUGAUCAUCAUCAUCAACAACAACAAUAUUACAAUGAGCACCAACAUCACCAUCAAACUCAACAACACUACACUCCACUGCCACCGCCACCGGAAGCGCAGCAGCAGCUAGGGCUCAACACUCUCCCCAACUCUCUUCCAACUGCAUUCUCCGACAGGCUAUGGGAGUGGAAUCCGAUCCCGGAGGGAAAUCGAGAGUACCCCAAUCCUUUCAAGUAACCAAUGAACUUCAUGCACACACACAUAUAUAUAUAUAUAUAUAUAUAUAGAAAUAUCUCCAAAAUGCUUAUGUUACUUAAUUUCUAAUGACUUAUCUUAGACUUUCUCAACUCGAUCUAAUGUUGUUAGGUUUCUGAAUAUGACUUAUGAUCAUUAUCAUGAUUUGCUAAUGCUUUGUUAGGGUUUUUGGGUUUAUAGGGCUUAUUUUGAUAUUAUUUGUGUACUACCUUUUUUUCGUUUCGGAUCCCAAACAUGUGAUUUAGGGUUCCAAUUGGUUGAAGAUUAAUCUUUUGUACUGGACAGACUAAAGAUUCAUCUAGGCUGUAGCUAGGUUUUCAACCCAAGGGAAUUGGUAGAAGUGUGAUCAUUUAGUGUUACUUUCCUCAAAUCUUGCGUUGUUUUUUAUGUACAUUUUAAAACAUAGAUUUUCCCUUUUAA